GUGUUCCAGUGGCAAAUAGCAAGAGUAAUCAGUUCAGAUUUAGCAAGGAACUCAAAUAAAGGUUAAUUAGGAAAAUAAAAACUCUUUACAAGCAUCUAAAUGUUAAACCAAUCAAAGGAUAAUGGGUACAUUAACAUAAACAAGAACCAGGAAAGAAGCCUUCUGGUUGGACCAACACCCAUUGGAGAGGGUAUAUAAGAGCCCCAGAGCAAGAGGAGACAUUCGCACCUCAGGAGCCUCAUCUUUCUUUAAACCAAACCAAUAAAAAACACAGAUUCCCAACGCCAUGGCCUGCUGUGCUCCCUACUGCUGCAGCGUCCCCACAGGCCCUGCCACCACCGUCUGCUCCUCUGACAAAUUCUGUCGGUGCGGAGUCUGCUUGCCCAGCACCUGCCCACACACGGUUUGGUUACUGGAGCCAACCUGCUGUGACAACUGCCCUCCACCCUGCCACAUUCCUCAGCCCUGUGUGCCCACCUGCUUCCUGCUCAACUCUGCCCAGCCCACCCCAGGCCUGGAAAGCAUCAGCCUCACAACCUUCAUUCAGCCCUGCUGUGAGCCUUGCAUCCCAAAGUGCUACUGACUGAUGGCUGCCUCGCUCAGUGCCUGACAUGGAAAGAGUCAACCCAGAAGUGUUCACCUGUUUCAGUACCUGCAACUAAUUGGCUCUGCUUUCAAAGUUGGAACAAGAAUGGCGCUAUCACUGACAAACCCCUCAAAAAAGAAACCGAGAGACUUUCAAGGGCCAUGUAGCAAAUAUCAGUAAACAAGGACAGUUGGAAUAGGUGGAUGCAUAAUACGUUUCCCAAAGUUGUUCAGUUCCUUCAUGUUAAAGUGUACCUUUCUUUGGGUGCUUUGGGAAUUCUGUUUCCAGUCUUGAAAGGUAUCUUUCUGGAAAUUGAGGCGCUUCUUCAUGAUUAUCCUAAUAAGUUUUACAUCUCUGGCAUA